AUCUGGAAAGGAAAAGGAUUCACUUCCGUAAAAUCCCAUAUAAAAUAAAGUUAUGUGUCUAAUCAGGGAUUCAUGGAUAUUUUCUGAUAAAUUACCAUCAAAGAUAAUUAAAAUUAAAUAAAGCUAAAGAAAAUUAUCAUCAAAAUCAAAAUCCCAUUUUCUUAAGAAAAAUAUUUUUUAAAUCCUUUUUUUUCUCUUCCUUGGAAGCGAUAUAUUCAGCUCCCCUAUUUAUAUUUCUGUAGCCAAAAUCCCUAAAUAGGUUCCGAAUCCGCGAUUCCCAAUUUCUCGCCCUAAACAAACCCCACACUCUCGCUCUCAAAUCGAUUCCCAUGGCGUCCGCGUCGGAGAACUCCGGCAAGAAGAUUGUCCUCCGAAGCUCCGACGCUGAGGUGUUCGAGGUGGACGAGGCGGUCGCCGUCGAGUCCCAGACGAUCAAGCACAUGAUCGAGGACGACUGCGUCGACAACAUCAUUCCAAUCCCCAACGUCACCGGCAAAAUCCUCUCCAAGGUCAUCGAGUACUGCAAAAAACACGUCGAUGCCGCCGCCACCUCCGCUUCAAACAAGGCCGAGGACAAGGUCGCCUCAUCUGAUGACGAACUCAAGAGUUUCGACGCCGACUUCGUCAAAGUCGAUCAGGCUACGCUCUUCGACCUUAUUUUGGCUGCUAACUACCUGAAUAUCAAGAGCCUUCUGGAUCUGACUUGCCAAACAGUUGCUGACAUGAUCAAGGGGAAAACUCCGGAGGAGAUUAGGAAGACUUUCAACAUCAAGAAUGAUUUCACUCCUGAAGAGGAAGAAGAAGUCCGAAGAGAAAACCAGUGGGCUUUCGAGUAAUAGUACCAACCAUUUUGGCUUGUGAAAUCAAGUGCUACUCGUUGCUUAUGGCUUAUUUUGUUAAUCUUUUGUGUCGAAUGUGUUGUGAAGUUUGGUUUCCUAUGCCAUGGCUCCCAACUUAAAACUUUGAUUGGGUAAUACCUAUUUCACUAUGAAUCUAUGAUUAUAUUCGUGCAGAA